AUGAGUGACGUUGAACAAACAAUGCCAAAAACUGAAGAAGUUCCAGUAACGAUGGAAGACGAAACUAAGAAGGAACAAAUAGCAAAGGCUCUUUUAGAUCCCACAAAGAAAAGAAAGGCCGAAGAUGAGAUUGAAAUUGAUAUGCAGAGUUCUGUUCCUUUGUCAAAGAAACAAAAACGUUUGUUGAGAAGAGGUAAGAUCACAUUAGAAGAAUUAAAUGCUAAAUAUAAUAUUGAUCCUUCAUCCAUUGAAGAAUAUAAAAAGGAAGCGGAAGUUAAAACUAAGGCAGAAAAGGAAGGUGAAGCACCAGAUGGUAACACAAGUGACGAAAAGGGAGAAGUGAAGGAAAAGAAGCCAAAGAAGGAGAAAGAGAAGAAAUUUGGAGUCUGGAUCGGUAAUUUAACCUUUGAUACUACUAAGGAAGAAUUAAUCAAACUCUUCACCGCAAAGACCAGAGAAAAUGAAGUCGGCAAAGUUACAGAAGAAGAUAUCGUUAGAGUUCACAUGCCAUUAGCUCAUAACGAUGGUAAGAAGAUUAAAAAUAAGGGAUUUUGUUACAUGGAUUUUAAGACAAACGAACAAAUGGAAUCUAUUAUCAAAUUAAGUGAAUCCCAAUUGAAUGGAAGAAAUAUGUUGAUCAAAGACUCAAAGAGUUAUGAAGGUAGACCGGAUAAGAAUGAUCUAGUUUCUCUAUCGAAGAAUCCUCCUUCGAGAAUUCUAUUUGUCGGUAAUCUUUCCUUUGAUACUACAGAUGAGCUUCUAAAAAAACAUUUCCAACACUGUGGUGAGAUUGUUAAGAUACGUAUGGCUACAUUCCAAGAUAGUGGUAAGUGUAAAGGUUUUGCAUUUAUUGAUUUCAGAAGUGAAGAGGGUGCCACAAACGCUCUAAAGGAUAAGACAUGUAGAAAGAUAGCAGCAAGACCCAUUAGAAUGGAAUAUGGUGAAGAUAGAAGUAAGAGACAAGUUAAAAGAAGAGAUCCAGUGGAGCCAAGAAAAUCCUUCGACAUUCCAAGUCAUAAUCAAGAAAGAAAAUCAGAUUUCCGUUCUGAAGAUAAGCCUUCAACACCACAUAGGACAGUAAAGAAGGCCAGUACAACCCGUAGGAAUCAUGUUGAUUCAAAUAACAGAGUGAAAAGUAGUGUUGCUUUAAGAUCGGCUCAAAGAGGUUCAGCUGCAAUUGUUCCAUCUCAAGGUAAGAAAGUGACAUUUGGUUAA